AGCAACGAACAGCAUUCGUUUCACUCAGAGCGUCGCCUCUACUACAAUUGCUCUUUAUCAUAAAGAUAAAUUUGAAUCCCACAACACCUAUACGUGUACCUUGUAUAAUUCAUUAAUCUGUAUCUGUGCAACAAGAACUAUAAUUUCCAACAGCAUUUUUAAAGUUGUUUUGCUUAUUCUGUACAACCAGAUUUUCAUUCGCAACGCAACAUUUACAAGCAGACGAGCAAGCGUAAAAAAAAAUCCGCCAUGCCUUCUAUGGUCGUGGAUUUGCAGAACCGUGGAAGCGGCCGCGGCGUUCUUCCCAACCCUGCGCGCUGGUCCCGUUUCGUCGUACCUGGGAAAAGUACGGCAAAAAUUUUUCUCUCUGUUGUGGCGUUGCUGCACCAAUUGACCUCGGCAGCCGCCUUGUUUUCAUCUCUACCGGGUCGCUCUGGCAGUCGAUCUCGGCGACCUUCUGGAGGAGCAUCAAGUCGGGGUCGGGCAGGCGAUGCUGUUCACACCAGCGGCGCUUCUGUCGUGGAGUCUGGUGCAAUCUUUAUGGCUCAGCAGCACGCAGCUCCGGAGGACUUUGCUGGUAGUGCUACAGAUACAGCCUCUUCUUCUUCUACUGCGAGAAACAUAAAUCAAGCCACGCAACACGGAGAACGUGGUGGGGCUGUGCAAUCAGGUGGGCAAGAUGAGGGUGCAGUAGCUCGACCUGUUCUGGAGAUUACUCACG